GCGAGAAAAUAUAAAAUGGCGAACGAAGUCAGGAUGGCUACUUCAUUGAAGGAUUUAACGAACGAGGUUGACAAGGAAAACAACACGCCGGACGUAAAAAUGAAGAAUGUACUCAAACUUGGAGGUAAAUCGUUGCAGUCGCCAUUUAGUACACCAGGCAGUGGUAAGCACAAACCAUUUAAAAUUCUGACUGACGAUGAGAUUGCUAUUAUAAACUCUAAAAAAUCUGGCAGUGGCAGUGGAAAAAAACCCAAAACUGCUAAAAGGCGAAGUCUUGCAACGCUUCAGCAAUCUGCCCAAGGAAAGGGCACUCUUGUUGGCCAAAAUCGGGAUACAUUUAGUAUAAAAGAAGCAUUUUCACGAAAAGGUUUUAAAAAAUUAGAGGAACCUUUGCAUAAAAACAGAGUAUCUGAAUCUUCAAGUGAGGGCACAGAUGUGGAAAAAGAUUUGGUUGAAGAUGCGAUUACCCUAAUGAAAGCAACAGAAACAGUAAAUGACAGCUACUGGAAAACUAUUGCCGAGGAACGUAGACUUGCGUUAGAAGAGACACUGAAUGAGAAUGACAAGUUAUAUGAUGAAAUAGAUGCCCUAAAAGAAGAGAACGAGAAAUUAAAAAAAGAACUAAAUGAGGCUGAAUACUUCAAGAUUUUAUAUAACAACUUACUAGAAGCUAGCAGCCCGCCUUCUGAAAAGGAAUAGCUGGCAGGUGCACAUGUGUAUUCUGAAAAGAAGGAUUUGUGUUUAUAUAUAAUUUAGUGCUAAUUUAUUUAUGUAUAUAUUAUAUGCAGCUUUUGUGUGUGGCUUUUGUGUGUGACAAAAUUUUAAACUUGCAAAUCAACAUUUUCCACUUGAAUUUACCAAGUUUUUAUGUUUAA